UCCGCGGUCACACUAAACAAUAAAAAUUUACUAAAAUUUACAAAAAUAUUAACAAUACAAUUGUAUUUAGGAGGCACCGCCGCAGGUUUUAAUAAAGCAAGUGCUGGUCACGUGCUCGCUACGAGAGGUAAUCACACAGGGCAUUAUUGCAACCAAGGACGGGGGAACACCAUAGGACAGACAUUUUCUCCCAGCCUCCUCGAGAGACGCCGAAUACACCGCGACACAGUAAAGAGUCCUUCCAAAGUAACAUGAAAUGGCGCUUCAUUGUGCAGCCUUGAAGUCAACGUUUACCAACGUUCUGUUGCAGGCAUUGUUGCACUGAGGUCAUUUAGAAACUGAAACAAUUCAAUAUUAACACGUAAUAUCGAAAGCGAGAGACAGAGCUUGUUCCUUGAGGCUUGAGUUUAGGGCAGGUCGAAGAGGUGGCCGAGGCAACUCCGCAGCACGAACGACAGGCGACGACCGACGACGAUACAAUGCCCUCGGCCAUUAGCGGCGCUCCGCACGGCCAAGUGCACAUACCCAGCAACGAGGAGUGCGGCAUCCGUGAUGUGUGGAAGCAUAACCUAGAGGAGGAGUUUCGCACCAUACGCAAGGUAGUGCAGAAAUAUCAUUAUGUGGCCAUGGACACAGAGUUUCCCGGCGUGGUGGCACGGCCCGUUGGUGAGUUUCGAUCCACUGCCGACUAUCACUAUCAGCUGCUGCGCUGCAAUGUGGAUCUGCUGAGGAUCAUUCAGCUGGGUCUGACCUUUAUGGACGAUGAUGGCAAGACGCCUCCAGGAUACUCCACAUGGCAGUUCAAUUUCAAGUUCAAUCUAAGCGAGGAUAUGUAUGCGCAGGACUCGAUCGACUUGCUGCAAAACUCUGGAAUACAAUUCAAGAAGCAUGAGGAGGACGGCAUCGAUCCAAUUGAAUUUGCCGAACUGCUCAUGAGCUCUGGCAUUGUGCUGGUAGACAACAUCAAAUGGCUGUGCUUUCACUCUGGCUACGAUUUUGGCUACCUCCUCAAGCUGCUCACCGACCAGAAUCUGCCCUGCGACGAGGGUGAUUUCUUCGAGCUCCUGCACAUCUACUUCCCCAACAUCUUUGACAUCAAAUAUCUGAUGAAGUCGUGCAAGAAUCUGAAGGGAGGCCUCCAGGAAGUGGCCGAUCAGCUGGAGCUGCGUCGCGUCGGCCCACAACAUCAGGCUGGCUCUGAUGCCCUGCUCACUGGCAUGGCAUUCUUCAAAAUGCGUGAGAUGUUCUUUGAGGACAAUAUCGACCAUGCCAAGUAUUCGGGACAUCUGUACGGCCUGGGCACCUCGUUCAUCGUGAACGGUAACAACUUUCACGAGAGCAAUGGCGAGACGAGCAGCGCCUCAUGAUUUAUACUGAUGGGCAAUGCUGUUGUGCCUGAUAAAAAGACAGUCGAACCAGAAGGAGCCGGAGAAGAUCCCGCACCGGAAUCACCACCACUCAAGGACACUCGGACAACCGAUCCCACUUCAACAGCACAGCAAUAAUUACACUCCCACCCUCCCAAAAAAAGAAAUAACAGACCAUUAAAAAAAACUUUUGCACUUUCCAUUUAUAAUAUUCCCGUUCCCCGUUAAAAAAAUCUUCAAUUCUUCAUUUAAAAAAAAUAAACCACUGGCAUAAAAUAAUUGUAAGUCGAAAAGGAUAUGAAAAGAGCCAAUUUCAAUUUCUAAUUUCUACAUGUCUAAAUGUGUUACGAUUACAAAAAUAAGAUACCUAAGCUAAUAUUGUAAGCCCAAAGGCAACAUUUUUAAAUUAAUAU